CCAUGACCCACCCUCUAAUAAAUUUUUACUAUAAACGCGUUGGCAUAUAAAUAUAUCCAACAUCCUCGACCAUUUCCAAUUCUUACUAAAGUUUUCCUUUUCAAAUUAAGCGUCUUCCUCAACUACUAAUAACUACUUAAUAAUCAUGUACGUGUUUAAGAGAGAUGGUCGUAAAGAACCAGUUCGUUUUGAUAAAAUUACUGCCCGAGUGCAAAGAUUAUGUUAUGGAUUAGAUCCAAAUCACGUUGAUGCUGUUGCCAUUACUCAACGAGUCAUUUCCGGAGUUUACCAAGGAGUGACUACUAUUGAAUUGGAUAAUUUGGCUGCUGAAACGGCCGCUUAUAUGACCACCAUUCAUCCUGAUUAUGCCAUCUUAGCCGCAAGAAUUGCUGUAUCUAAUUUACAUAAACAAACUACAAAGCUUUAUUCACAAGUUAGUAAAGAAUUAUACGAGUAUGUUAACCCCAAGACGGAUUUACAUUCUCCUAUGAUUUCCAAGGAAACUUAUGAUAUCAUUCAAGAACAUGCCGAUGAAUUAAAUUCUGCUAUUGUUUAUGACCGAGACUUUAAUUAUAAUUAUUUCGGAUUUAAGACCUUAGAGAGAUCUUAUUUAUUAAGAAUUAAUGGUAAAGUUGCUGAAAGACCUCAACAUUUAAUUAUGAGAGUGGCUAUUGGAAUUCAUGGUAGAGAUAUUGAAAGAGUCAUUGAAUCGUAUAAUUUAAUGUCUCAAAGAUUCUUUACUCAUGGAUCUCCAACGUUAUUUAAUGCUGGUACCCCAAAUCCGCAAAUGUCUUCAUGUUUCUUAGUGGCCAUGAAAGAUGAUUCAAUUGAUGGGAUUUAUGAUACUUUAAAGACUUGUGCUUUAAUUUCAAAAUCAGCUGGAGGUAUUGGUUUACAUAUUCAUAAUAUUCGUAGUACUGGUGCUUAUAUUGCUGGAACUAAUGGUACAUCUAAUGGGAUAAUUCCUAUGGUUCGAGUAUUUAAUAAUACUGCCCGUUAUGUAGAUCAAGGAGGUAAUAAAAGACCCGGAGCCUUUGCGUUAUACUUAGAACCAUGGCAUUCCGAUAUCUUUGAUUUUAUUGAUAUUAGAAAAAAUCACGGUAAAGAAGAAAUCAGAGCUAGAGAUUUAUUUCCUGCUUUAUGGAUUCCUGAUUUAUUUAUGAAGAGAGUUGAAGCUAAUGCUGAAUGGACUUUAUUCUCUCCUAAUGAAGCUCCAGGAUUACCUGAAGUUUAUGGAGAAGAAUUUGAAGCUUUAUAUGAAAGAUAUGAACGAGAAGGUAGAGGUAGAAAGACCAUUAAAGCUCAAAAAUUAUGGUAUGCUAUCUUAGAAGCUCAAACUGAAACUGGUACUCCCUUUAUGUUAUAUAAAGAUGCAUGUAAUGAAAAGACUAAUCAAAAGAAUUUAGGGAUUAUUAAAUCUUCUAAUUUAUGUUGUGAAAUUGUGGAAUAUUCUUCUCCAGAAGAAGUGGCUGUUUGUAAUUUAGCUUCUAUUGCCUUACCAUCAUUUGUCGAAAAGGAUGAGAAUUCUUUAUGGUAUAAUUUUGAAAAAUUACAUGAUGUUACUAAAGUUGUAACUAGAAAUUUAAAUAGAAUUAUUGAUAGAAAUUAUUAUCCAGUUCCUGAAGCUAAGAAUUCCAAUAUGAGAAAUAGACCAAUUGCUUUAGGAGUUCAAGGUUUAGCAGAUACAUUUAUGGCUUUAAGAUUACCAUUUGAUUCUCAACAAGCAAGAGAAUUAAAUAUUCAAAUCUUUGAAACCAUGUAUCAUGGAGCUGUUGAAGCAUCUAUUGAAUUGGCUCAAGAAGAAGGUCCUUAUGCCACUUAUGAAGGAUCUCCAGCUUCUAAAGGUCAAUUACAAUUUGAUUUAUGGAAUAGAAAACCUACGGAAUUAUGGGAUUGGGAUGCCUUAAAGGAGAAAUUAGCUAAACAUGGUUUAAGAAAUUCUUUAUUAGUGGCUCCAAUGCCUACUGCUUCAACUUCCCAAAUUUUAGGUAAUAAUGAAUGUUUUGAACCAUAUACUUCAAAUAUUUAUUCUAGAAGAGUUUUAGCUGGAGAAUUCCAAAUUGUUAAUCCAUACUUAUUACGUGAUUUGGUUGAUUUAGGAAUUUGGAAUGAUGAUAUGAAGAAUAAUAUUAUUUCUAAUAAUGGAUCUAUUCAAUCAUUAACUAAUGUUCCUGAUGAACUUAAAGCGUUAUAUAAGACGGUAUGGGAAAUCUCUCAAAAACAUAUUAUUGAUUUGGCCGCUGAUAGAGCUGCUUAUAUUGAUCAAUCUCAAUCAUUAAAUAUUCAUAUUAAAGAUCCAACCAUGGGUAAAUUAACUUCUAUGCAUUUCUAUGGAUGGAAGAAAGGGUUAAAGACUGGUAUGUAUUAUUUAAGAACUCAAGCUGCUGCAGCUGCCAUUCAAUUUACUGUUGAUAAACAAUCAGUAUUAAAUGCUGGUAAUACCAUUGCUUCAUUAGAAAAGCUUAAUAAGAGAAAGUAUAUUGCUAGAGGUUCAACCUUAGUAGAAACUGAAAGUGAUGCUACUACUAGAUCUCCAUCUACUGAACCAACAUCAGUAGAAAAUUCAAUUGCUGAAUUAAAGAUUGAUGAGGUUGAAGUUAAACCUAAGCCAGUAGUACCAGUAGCUGAACCAGUAGCUGAAUCAGUUACUGAAAAGGAAACUACUGAGGGUCCAUCUACUGAACUCACCGAAGAAGAACAAGAUAUCUUCAGUUCUAAAGUCAUUGCCUGUGCCAUCGACAAUCCUGAAUCAUGUGCCAUGUGUUCUGGUUGAUUUAGGUUAUUCAUUUCGUUCAUUUCUCUUUUUGUAUACUAUGUAAUUGUCUCUUUAUUGUCUCUUUCAUUCCAUUAAUAAUACGUAUCGUUUUGUUAUCAUAGUCCGCAUCGGUUAGGUCGCACCGGUUCAGCCGAACCCCU